UUCCUACUGUACACAACACAUGGGACUUUUCCGUAUUGAAAGCAGGUCAACAAUGAGAUUAAUUCCAUCACGAUUAAGUUAUCUGUUUCUACACCUCUUUGCGUUUUGCUACUAUGCUCAGGUAACCAUUCAGUCCCCGCCUAAUUUUACGCAGCAUGUGAAUGAGCAGAGUAGGGUGACGGACCGGGUCAGCCGCAGACUCAUCCGGACCUACCAGCUUUACAGCAGAACCAGUGGCAAACAUGUGCAAGUCCUGGCCAACAAAAAAAUCAACGCUAUGGCCGAAGACGGAGACGUGCACGCCAAACUCAUUGUGGAGACAGACACAUUCGGCAGUCGCGUUCGGAUUAAAGGAGCUGAGACAGGAUUCUACAUAUGCAUGAAUAGGAGAGGAAAGUUGAUUGGCAAGAGGAAUGGUCAGGGGAAGGACUGCAUUUUCACAGAAAUAGUGCUGGAGAACAACUACACAGCUCUCCAAAAUGUAAAGUUUGAGGGCUGGUACAUGGCAUUUACACGCAAAGGAAGACCUCGCAAGGGUUCUAAAACCAGGCAACACCAGCGGGAAGUCCACUUCAUGAAGCGAAUGCCCAAAGGACAUCACAUUGCAGAGCACAGACCCUUUGGUUUCAUCAACUACCCUUUCAACAGACGGACUAAACGCACCCAUUUCUCAGGAGAUCGCUGAAGAGUUAUGCAGGACAGAAGAGUGGGACAGUGUAUGAGAGAGCGAAACAGAACAUCUCAGAUAAU